AAACUAACAAUUUAAAUCACAAUGCAGUAGGUGGCGAGUGUUGGCAAGCCGUCAUGAUCAGCUGAUGAUCACAACAAAGCAUCAUGGAAGCUUUCAGGAUGUCUGUAUUCUGUGUCAAGACCACCACACGUUACCUAGGUUUCUCUGUGGUAAAACGUAGAAUGUGCCAUUCUGUUAGUCAGAUUGGGGAGCACAAUCAAGAUGUAUCAAGAUUGGCCCAAGAGGGACAAACCAAGCGAUUCAUCCGAGCUGGUCAACCCACACCUCUCACACAUCCACAUCUUGUGCAGCCUGGCGAGGUCACAUUUGGCAUAUCUUAUGGGGAAUAUAGUGAACGUCGGCAUAAACUGAUGGAGAGGCUGGGGAAAGAAGAGGGUAAACACCAUGUUGUUAUUCUUCCUGCUACUCCAAAGCGGUAUAUGAUAGACAAAAUUCCUUAUUUAUACAGGCAGGAUACUGAUAUGCUUUAUAUGUCUGGAUGCUUGGAGCCUGAUUGUAUUCUUGUCCUACACACACUGCCAGGCAAGAGAGCCCCAGUACACAAGUCUGUGAUGUUCAUCCCGCAUCAUGACCCUUGUCAAGAACUAUGGGAUGGCCCUCGCACCGGACCUUCAGAUGCCUCAGGUGUUUGGGGUGUAGAUGCUGGACUACCCCUUAGUGAGCUUACACAUUACCUUGGCCAACUAGAGUCAGAUCUAAACUCCCCUACUCUAUGGUAUCACUCACAGUGUUCACCUAAUCCAGGGAUUCACCGGCAGUUACAAGGAUGGCUGCUUGGAGGGCGCCAGGGAGGGAUGGAAUCACCAAAAUUUCACAUACAUGCUCUUCGAGUAAUCAAGUCUCCUGCAGAAAUAGAAUUAAUGAGAAAAACAUGUAGAAUAAGUGGAGAAUCUAUAGCUGCCACCAUGCGAGCUACAAGAGCUCCAGUGAUGGAACACCAAUUAUUUGCUGUGGUAGACUAUCAGAGCAGGAUGAGAGGUGCAGAUUACUUGGCUUAUCCUCCUGUGGUAGCUGGUGGGCCCAGAGGAAAUAUAAUUCAUUACAUUAAUAACAAUCAGGUUAUUAAUCCAGGAGAGAUGGUUUUAAUGGAUGCUGGAAGUGAGUUUAGGGGUUACAGUGGUGAUGUUACUCGCACUUGGCCUGUUAGUGGAGAAUUCACAUCAGCCCAGCGAGAUGUUUAUGAGGCAGUACAUGAGGUACAAGAGGCUGUCAUAACUGCCUGCAGACAUCAUCCUACUCUAGAUCAAUUAUUUUCUGCAAUGUGUACCAGACUUGGUAAAGUACUACAGGAACUCUGUAUAUUACCACUAAAUUUCACUGAAGGGCAGCUAAUGCGAGCUGCAUAUGGAUUUUGCCCUCACCAUGUGAGUCAUUUUCUUGGGAUGGACGUUCACGACACACCUCUAGUACCAAGAAAUCGUCCAUUAGAACCUGGCUGUAUAAUUACUGUUGAACCUGGUAUAUACAUAAGUGGAAACAAUGUGAAUGUCCCCUCUCGUUACCUGGGGAUAGGAGUCAGACUAGAAGAUGAUGUUCUUAUAACUGAAGACGGUGUAGAGGUCCUCAGCAACUCCUGUCCAAAACACCCAGAUGAAAUAGAAGCUAUUGUUGGUGCUGACUACAAGUAAUUUUUUGUUUUGUUUUGGCAUGUCUUCAGCUUUUAUGUAUUUUGAGGUACCUGUACUCUAUAUGUGUCCCAUAGUGUGGUUCAGUAUGUUUAAAGGAUUCUUAUGAACAUAAGAAAUAAAUAUGGACUCAUUGUAUGUAAAAUUAACAUAAAUGUUGAGAACCAUAUAAGACCUCAUAAUACAAAGUACAAAUUAUUUCUCUCUCAAGAAUCUUUCAUUAAGUUUGUUUUUAUAAAAAAAUUAUGCCUAUUCACAUUUGCAGUUAGAUUUUAAUGUUUAUGGGCAUAAUUUUUGUAUACCAUUUAUCAUGGUAUGAACCUUGGUAAAAAAGUACCGACAGGUUGGUUUAGAAAAACACGUAAGUAAACACUAGGACAUAUUCAAUAAAAAACGUUUCAGUCCUGGGACCUUGAUGACUUCAAGGUCCCAAGACUGAAAUGUUUUCUAAUAAAUGUCCUAGUGUUUACUUACGUGUUUUUCUACACCAUUUAUCAUCAGCAAGAUGAUUUCAUCUACAGUCACCCCUACAGAUUUGCAGGUUUCCAUAUUUGCAUGUUUCAGUUAUCCAAGUUUUUAUUAAUUGGCAUCCAGCUAAUUGAUUUGAUUAUCCAACAGUUUUCUGGCUCAAAUUUCGUUUUUUUUAUUCCAAUCAUUAUUUUUUAUGAUUUGCAAUAUUAACUAGAUUAGUCAUGUAUCACAGUGAUACAUAUUACAGUAAAACCUCUCAUUAAUGGAUUUCAGCAGUUUCAGACAAGAAAACUGGCAUGACAAACUGUAGUAUUGGACAAAAUGGGCAAAAGUCUGUAAUUCCGGUUUUGGCCAUAGCAAUAGUGUCAAGUUAUCUUCUGAACUAUUGGAUCAAGCCCAAUGAUUCCGACGUUUGUCUGGUAUGGGCCAGAGUGACCACAUACAGGACCUGUCUGUUUUAUUGUUCCCUGAGUCACAGGCCACCCGUACCAGUUUUUAUUUGUGCUCAGUCAUGCAAACACCUGUUAUUCAGUCUAAUUUUUACUGGAUGUAGAACAUUGUGUGUGACUUCAUUAGCAUAAUAAGUAAAGUACAAUUAACAAUGGCUUCUAGAGCAAGUGGUGGUGUCAAGAGGAAAUGUGUGGCUCUCAGUGAUACGUAGAAACUUAAACUAAUUAAGAAGAUUGAGUUUGGCAUCUCAGUGGCACAAGUAUAUGAGGAAUAUUGUGUUAAGAACCAGUGUCUGAUAUCCAUAGAAGCAAGAACAAACUUACAAAAUGUCUAAGUUUAGUGCAGAUGCUAGUGGAAUUUUACAGCUCCUCUUGACUCAGAAUAAAGGCUGUUAAAAGUUAUUGAGUCACCGCUGUCAAUCACUGUAGUUUACACUAUCUUUCCACCAUGAAAAUGUAAGUAAAAUUACUGUAAAUUAUGUACAAUGCAGGUACAAUGCCAAUUUUCCAGCAUUGGCUGGCCUGGCACCUCUUUUAGUCUGGACAAAAUUACAGGAUUACUUUUUUUUGCAGAGUAAUUUAAUAGGUGGCCGCAGAUAGCAUUGUGAGUAGUGUGUUCUCACUCGUAUUAUUUACACUGCAGUUGUUGGUAGCUAUCCUUUGAUUUUGUGCAGUUCUUAGUGUAUUUUGCUAACAACCCUAGUUAUGACUAGGGUUAAUAGCUAUAUAGGUAACUUGUCAGUAGCCAUGGCUGUUGACAAGUUAAUUGAGUUGUCAGGUGAAUUAAUCAAAGGACUAGAACAAUGUUCCUUUGUGGUAGAACAAGAGCUCAUGAAUUUUUAUUUGAUGCAUGGAAAAUUACACAGGGACAGAUCAUAGCACAUGAAGCAACUUCACUUGGGUGAAAUAUUUAAAAAAAGAUAAUCAAGCAGAAUUUAUCAAAGCAGGCCUUCAUCUGAAAAUUCUGUAGCUUCAUCUUCAAGUACCCCAGAUGUCCUCCCUGUAACAUCACAGAUCCAUUAUGAAACAUUCAAUUAUGAAACAGACAAUCCUCAACUUCCAGAUAUUUGUGAUUAGUUCUACAGUUCCAGUAAAAUUCUAAAAUUUACCACUGUAGGAGUAGUAGUCCUGCAGCAUUUUUUUUUUUUAAGUACAGUAAUUAAUAACUUCCUAAGUAGUAGGUUGGUAGACAACAACUGCCCAUGGAGGUACUAUCGUCCUGCCAAGUGAGUGUAAAACGAAAACCUGUAAUUGUUUUACAUGAUGGUAGGAUUGCUGGUGUCCUUUUUUCUGUCUCAUAAACAUGCAAGAUUUCAGGUAUGUCUUGCUACUUCUUCUUACACUUAGAUCACACUACACAUACAUGUACAAGUAUAUAUAUACACACACCCCUCUGGGUUUUCUGCUAUUUUCUUUCUAGUUCUUGUUCUUGUUUAUUUCCUCUUAUCUCCAUGGGGAAGUGGAACAGAAUUCUUCCUCUGUAAGCCAUGCGUGUUGUAAGAGGUGACAAAAAUGCCGGGAGUAACCCGUUCUCCUGUAUAAAUUACUAAAUUUAAAAAGAGAAACUUUUGUUUUUCUUUUUGGCCACCCUGCCUCGGUGGGAUAUGGCCGGUUUGUUGAAAGAAGAAGAAUUAAUAAACUUGUU